CGGGAGUUGGUUGUGUCGGAUUUCUUCGGAGGGGAACGCUAUUAAAAUAUCCACAAACAUUAUCUUUAAUUGGACAGUAUUUUGUGCUUGUGUGCGUUCGGUGUUCGGUUUUUUUUCCCGCCAGUGACGAUUCCGUUUUUUCGAAAGCCUUCGAUGACUGUUAUCGUUCGCAUUUAGCGAGCGCCGAUCGUGAGUGAUUUUUUGAUUGCGGCAAACGAAAACAUGACUAUUGAUUAGACUACGUAUCAUCCAGUCGACGAAAUAAAACUAAAGUGACUACAAAAAUGACAUCAGUGACGUGACACGAAAGUUUAAAAAUAUCGGUAACAAUCGAUAAUAUCGGACGCGAGUACAAAACGUAAAAUCGAUUUAAAAAUGAUGCCACGUGCUACGUAAUUGCGAAAUCAUAAUUCACGGAUCGUUAAUUGAUCUGUAAUUAUUUCUCAGUUCCAUUCUCUUUAAUUAUCGGCGGCAAUAAUUUUGAUUAUACCUCUCGCUCCUACGUCAAAGUUAUCUUUCAAAAUAUAACUCUAUAACUUCUAAUAUUUUUCUAACUUGGCAUUAGAAAAAUAAAUGUAAAUAAAUAAAAAUACAGUGUUAAAGACGAGUGUUUAGAGCUUUUACUAACAAUCUCUGUGUGACAUUUUGGUGUAAAAAUAAAAACGAAAAAUAAAAUUGUGAGAAAGUGAUGCGGUGUUCAGUUGUCUAACUCAAAGGAAAACCCGCUCGGCCGGCGGCUAACUACAAAAGGAGCAGUAGAAAUCCCUCAAAAUUACUCGAAUUCAAUCCCCAAACAACAAACCCGGCAACCUGAGUUUCACAGAUCCCUUUGGGCCUCCCCAGUCAUCGGACGGGGGGGGCCCGUCGACCCCGCAGCCCGCGAUGACCACUCAGGAGGCCUUGGAGCACCAGCACCACCACCUGGGUGGCUCGCAGACCCCCCAUGACAUCUCCAACUCGAACAACUCGACUCCAACUAACGUAUCCUCAAAAUCCGCCUUCAUAGAGUUACAGCAACAUGGCUAUGGACCGUUUAAAGGCGGAUAUCAGCAUCCCCACCAUUUUGGAAGUCCGGGAGGUCAACAGAACCCCCACGAGGCGUCCGGGUUCCCCAGCCCUAGAUCAUUAGGCUAUCCUUUCCCUCCUAUGCACCAAAACACAUAUGGUUAUCAUAUAGGGUCCUACGCUCCUCAAUGUGCCAGUCCGCCUAAAGAUGAAAAAUGUGGUCUCUCCGACGACCCCGGUCUACGGGUGAACGGGAAAGGCAAGAAGAUGCGCAAACCUCGCACCAUUUACUCCAGUCUGCAGCUGCAGCAGCUCAACAGGAGGUUCCAGAGGACGCAGUACCUCGCACUACCCGAGAGAGCCGAGCUCGCGGCGAGUUUAGGGUUAACUCAGACACAGGUUAAGAUAUGGUUCCAGAACCGACGCAGCAAGUACAAGAAAAUGAUGAAGGCAGCGCAGGUGGGCGCGCCACCACCCAGCCUCGGCUUGCCGCCCGGCAGUCCGCCUAGCAAUAACCAAUUACUACACGGUGGUGGCGGCAGUUCUAGCGGAUCACAGCACUCGCCAUCAGCGUACCAAAGCGGGGCGCAAGCGCACUCGCCCACGCCGAGCUCGACGCCUGUCUCCGAACUCUCUCCGGGCCUCUCGCCCACCGGCACGUGGGACGUCAAACAACCGCCCCAGCCAUCUUGGGAUGUUAAGGUUGGAUAUCCGAAUGCGGGUCGCUCGCCGGACGGCACAUCAUGCGAUAUCAAGCCACCGCACCAGCAGUCGUGGGAUCCGAGAGUCGGCUAUGGCGCGCCACCUGGGCCUUGGGAUAUGAAGGGCGCGCACGCCGCGCACGCACUGCAUCAUCAGGCGGCACCACAGCCGCACCCGCCUUACGUGCCGCAGUACUCCUGGUACCAACCUGACGCCAACCCUGGACUACUGACCGAAAACGGUCUUGCGUUAUUCCAUCGCAUGGGCCUCAGACCUCAAUAUUUGGGACCACACGAACAGAACAACUAUGACAGCUGAGGAAUUUCGACUUUUAGUUAAUUGUAGCACAUUAUAUCCAGCCAACUUACAAAUAUCAUGUAAAUAAAAAUAGUGUGAUAAAGGUUAUAAUGGCAUGCAUAAAUAGGACGCGUGGCUCGCAUUUUCAAUAAU